CAGGUCUGCAAAGGCAAAUUUAUACACAUAUUUCAAUAGUAAAUACAGGUUUCUCUAGUUUCCAGUGUUUCACUGUUUCUGUAUCCACGAUAAGAAGUCCAUUGCAUUUACCUACAAAUACCACAACUCAUUCAAAGUACGUUAUAUGUCUGUUGCUAUUGAUGUCCAGGUCUUCAGAACGGAAUACUAAUCCUCACAAUACCAUAAUACUCGGUAAAUAAUGUGUUCCACGACCAGCGCCAUGGUGUCCGGGGAGAAUGCCCUAGUAGGUACUAUUGUGACAACGUCUAUAUCAUCCAGGCCUUCACCGCGACCUUCACCACCAUGUGCCCGUCCGCGCCCGCCCAGUGAACAAGACAAGAAGUCUUCACUACAGGCAAGCCAUAUCAAAAGACGUUCUAGCAGCUAUGUGCCGAGCAAUGGCCCGGCUUCGAAGUCAGGACGGCCGGCACAUAUGAUGCGCAUAACUACAAAUAGCGAUGCUCAGAAUAUGGCAGGUGCUCGGCGAAACUCGGAAACACAAAUCCCAGUGAGAAACUCUCGGAAUACCCUGAACGCUCCAUUACAAACGGUAAACACUCAUCCUAGCAAGUCAACGGCAUAUCGUUCGGUAUCUGAGGAUCAAUUCUUCAACGGAGUAAACGAAUUCAGCGGUGUGCAGAGACGACCUAGGCGAAGAUCUAACCGCAAUGAUAUAAAACCUCCAACAUACUCGUCAAGAAAUCAACAACAACAUACAUUGUUGCGAUCAAUCAACACAGCAACAUGUAACUCGCACAAUAGCCCAUCGCGAUCUCAUGUAAAGAGAAUGCAAUCUGACCUGAAUGCAAGGAGAUGUCCUGUGCAUGGAACGCGAGUAUUUAAAAAGACAGAAAUGGUAACUGUUGGCAGUAGUAUGAAAGGCUCAGGGACCAACUAUUCGCUACCAAGUUCGAAAAUUCUCGAACCGGUGGCGGAACCGCGGACAUAUACUUCAAAAAUGCGAUAUCCAUGCAACAAUUCAAUGUCGCUGGCCUUAAGAAUCAAACAAGCCGAGACGACUGAGUUUGAACCGUUUGUUCACAUUGUCACCACAAGUAAAAAAGAACCUCCGCCUAAAAGCUCCAUUCCAAAAUCCAUCUUGAAAACAUCUUCUGUCGUGGAUGAUUCUAGCGUGGUUGAAUCGGACAUGGAGAGUGUAAUGAGAAUGUGGGGUGAUAUCGAAAUAAAUGAUGAGCUGAGCAAGGCUUCCUCUGCGGAUACGACUUUAUCAUCCAAAUUAAAACAGAGCGAUGAUGACUGCAGAUUGGAAGUCGGUUUGACUGUGACUGAGUUUCUGUGCGAGGGAACAACAAAAGUGGAUGAUUUAGAAGGUAAGAAUAGGAUGACGUUGUUAGAGUUCCUAUUUGAAAGCAAGGCUGGUAUCCAGACGGUAGCUAAAAACGGCUGAAGCUUGAUAAACUUGUCGAGGUUUAUUGAAGAGAUUAGUUGAGUGGUAAUCAAGGACUGUUAUGAUGACUGUACAAGUUCAUGUAAUGUUAGUCUUAAUUAUAUGUUUGAAAAAUAAAG